GGUUUGUAAUUUGUAUAGUUUGGUGGGUUUGUUUCAUGCUGAUAAGAACUUUAAAGUUUAUAAAAGUUAAUGGAAGAAUGAUUAUUAGUCAUUUGUGUUAAAAUACAAGACUCCUGAGCAACAAAAUGAAGUGGACGCACAUAUAUGUUUCCGUAUUUAUGAGUAUAAUAGCUUUGAAGCAAGUGAGUGGUCUAAACAAAAGAUGUAUAAGAUGCAGAUCAAGAGGUGAACUUGGCUCAUGUGCUGAUCCGUUCCCACUGAAUGUGACAGAACCGGAGGUGGAAGCCGGCAUCCAUGUGGUGGCGUGCCCAUCUGGAUGGUGCGGAAAGAUGAUUGAAGGAACCUCAGGAGCUUUCCGCAUGGACGACUAUGGUGCUGCUACUCAAAGAAUGUGUCUGCAAAGAGCUCCGUCCGACUAUGAAGAGAGAUGUGCCUACACUCUGUGGAACCACAGGAAGGUAUACAUGUGUUUCUGUAAUGGAGACUUGUGUAACUCUGCCAUUACUGUGCCUAUAUACUCAUCAAUGAUCUUUAUGACAUUUUUAACAACAAUUUAUAAUAUAUAUUUUAAUAGUUAGUAUGUAAGUUGUACUUUUUAAACAAUUGUGAUAGCAUGAUUCCGUCCUUUUAUACCUUUUAUGAUAAUUAUAGCAUAGUUUUACGAAAAUAUGUAAUACAUUUUAAUACUCAUGCUCAAAACAAACUUCCUAAAGUGCAGUGAACACUAUUCUGAAAGACUGAAAGAGAUCAUCAUUAUUUUGUAUUUUAUCUUACAAUGUUAUCAUUGGUCUGAUAUUUGAACAUUAAUAAUAUCUUAAUACUUAAUUGAAUGAGUCUCAAUUGAUCUGAAUUUUGAUAACUUUUAAUACAUAUAUAUUUUUAAUAUAAACUGUUACUUGUUUGUUUUGCAUCACUGCCUUUUUAAGAUUGAUAAGUAAUGAUUUAUACCCACAUGUGUAUACUGCCAAGAUUGUAUGUAAAUCAUAGUUACCUUUACAAAGGAAAAUAAGGAAAACUUACGAAUGUACUUGUAGACAAAUUUAUUAAGUACUUAAUUUUAUAAAUAAGAUACAGUUAUUUUAUGACUUGUUAAAUUAAGAUUGAGUAUUUUUACAGACAUUAUACAUUUUAUCGUAUA